AUGGAGGCCACAUACGACGAGAUAUCCGAGGCGGAGAUGUCGAAGAAGAUGCGCAAACGGCUGAAAAAAACAUUCAACGAAGCCCUCGACGCCCACCACGGAGCUUUGAAAUCGCAGUCGGCGAUUGCCAAGUACAAUUCAGGCAUUCUAAGAGAUUUGGAAGCCGCAUUCAUUGCGAGUCCGAAUGUGGAUUUGUUAUCGAGAAUCCCACCAAGCUACUCCUCUUCAAUGGCAGAGUUGUUGAAAGAGAACCUUGAUGGCCAAGAUCCUCUCGAGUCAGAACUCCCACCAUCCAAGCGAUUGAAGGUGCAUGAUUGCAACGAGACUGAAGAAACGGUAGAAGAUAUACCAAAGCAUCUUCGCACUCUGCAUGGCCCCGGAGAAGCUGUUGUGAAGGCACCGCUUGCGGUCACCAUUGAGCGAUCAUUUGGAGACGACCUGUCUGCAUCCAACAUCAUCAGUGCCCUCAGUCGAAGCCAAAUUGUUUUCCGCGAUACUACGGGCGGCGAGAGAAUGAUAUUGAAGAUCAGUGACGAAUCGGUGGUCAAGAUCGUACCUGACUCGACUGACACCAGGGAGUACGACGCUUUAAUUUACCUCUCACAAAAGUGUCCAGAGGUUCCGGCGCCGAGACCAGAAGGAUUGAUUCAGCUCAAUGGACAGAGCCUGAUGUUCAUGUCAUACAUUCCUGGCGAGUCUCUGGCCGAGGUGUGGGAUUCCAUGAGCCAAGGACAGAAAGCCACUGUGUCAGGAGAACUGAACACUGUUUUCUCGGAACUUCGAUCGCACCAAUGUCCCCCAUCGAUUCCAUGGGGUGCCAUUGAUGGAGCGGGAUGUAUUGACCAGCGGAGGACCGUACGACGAAGCGACCGGGACAUUUUGAGCGCCAAAGACUUCGAAGAGUUCUUUUUCUCUAACCCCAAAUAUGGGAGUGAAGUCUGGAUCGCGUUUCUACGUAAGCUUUACGAUUCGGCAGAAGGCGAGCAGGAUAGCCAGGAUACCUGCGUUUUCACGCACGGAGACUUGCGACAGGCGAAUGUUCUGGUGCGACGUACAUUAGAGGGUGAAUUGAGCGUGUCUGGCAUCAUCGAUUGGGAGUUCAGUGGCUUCUAUCCAGCAUAUUGGGAGUCAAUAAAGCUCACGAAUUGCAUGGGUACGCGAGAGACGUCUGACUGGUUUCUGCAUUUGCCAGAGUCCAUAUCACCACUGAGAUACCCAAAGCGAUGGCUCCUCAACCUCGUAUGGGAUUCCCACGUUGAUUAA